CAAUACCCAUAAUGCUUUACGGCUUUGUAUUGUCAUGUGAUUUAACUUAUGACAGAGGGACCCUGGCUUCGACAACAAACAUCGUUUUGUUGUAUAGUGGAUAUUUUUGACAAGCAAACCUAAUUACGAUAUUGUGGACGCUUAACAUGUAUUCUCUGAAAACGUAUUGAGAUAUUCUAACUAUUCUGCUUGGAUACAGCGAAUAACGAUGGCGGAUGUGGAGGAGCAGGGCAGAAAACAAAGUGAGGAAUUCACAGAUGAGUCUGAGGAGGAGGACAGCGAGGAGGAGCCCAAGCUGAAGUAUGAGAGGCUCUCCAAUGGGGUGACAGAAAUCCUCCAGAAGGAUGCAGCCAGCUGUAUGACUGUCCAUGACAAGUUUCUUGCCCUAGGUACUCAUUUUGGGAAGGUCUUCCUGCUGGACAUCCAAGGAAAUGUAACUCAGAAGUUUGAAAUUAGUUCAGUGAAGAUCAACCAGAUCAGUCUGGAUGAAAGUGGAGAGCAUGUGGGCAUUUGCUCCGAGGAUGGGAAGGUUCAAGUAUUUGGUCUCUAUACAAGAGAGGGCUUCCAUGAGAACUUUGACUGUCCCAUCAAAGUGGUGGCAUUACACCCUCAGUUCACUAGAUCAAACUACAAACAGUUUGUUACUGGGGGCAACAAGCUGCUCCUGUAUGAAAGAAACUGGUUGAAUCGCUGGAAGACGUCUGUUCUACAUGAAGGCGAGGGCUCAAUCACUGCGAUCCAGUGGAGAGCUAACCUCAUUGCCUGGGCCAACAAUGUGGGUGUUAAAAUCUAUGAUAUUGGUACAAAACAGCGGAUCACAAACGUGCUGCGGGAUAAUGUCAGUCUGAGGCCUGACAUGUACCCCUGCAGCCUGUGUUGGAAGGACAACAGCUCUCUCAUUGUUGGCUGGGGUUCUUCCAUUAAGAUUUGUGUUGUGAAAGAAAGAAAUCCUACUGAAAUGAGAGAUCUGCCCAGCCGCUAUGUGGAAAUAGUGUCUGCAUUUGAGACCGAGUUCUUCAUCAGUGGCCUGGCCCCGCUGGCAGAUCAGCUUGUCACCCUUUACUUUGUGAAGGAGAACUCUGAUCACAUGGAUGAGGAGUUCCGUGCGCGGCCUCGUCUCGACAUCAUCCAGCCUCUCCCUGAAAGCUGCGAGGAGAUCUCUUCAGACGCACUGACCGUGCGCAACUUCCAAGACAACGAGUGCAGAGACUACCGCCUCGAGCAUUCUGAGGGAGAGUCGCUCUUCUACAUCAUCAGUCCCAAAGACAUCGUCGUGGCCAAGGAGCGAGACCAGGAUGACCAUAUCGAUUGGCUACUCGAAAAGAAGAAAUAUGAGGAGGCCCUGAUGGCUGCAGAGAUCAGUUUCAAAAACAUCAAGAGACACGACGUUCAGAAAAUUGGGAUGGCUUACAUCAAUCACUUAGUUGAAAAAGGAGACUAUGACAGUGCUGCGAGGAAGUGUCAAAAGGUUCUUGGAAAAAACAUGGAACUAUGGGAAAAUGAAGUGUACAGGUUCAAGACCAUCGGACAGUUGAAGGCCAUCAGUCAGUAUUUGCCCAGAGGGGAUCUGCGUCUCAGACCGGCCAUCUAUGAAAUGAUCUUGCAUGACUUUCUCAAAACUGACUAUGAGGGUUUUGCCACACUGAUCCGGGAAUGGCCUGGAGAGCUUUAUAAUAACAUGGCCAUUGUUCAGGCAGUCAGCGAUCACCUGAAGAAGGAACCCACCAACAGAAUCUUGCUCACCACGUUGGCUGAACUGUACACGUACGACCAGCGGUACGACAGAGCCUUAGAAAUCUACCUGAGACUGAGGCACAAAGAUGUUUACCAGCUGAUCCACAAACACAACCUUUUCUCCUCCAUAGAGGACAAGAUCGUCCUCCUCAUGGACUUUGACAAAGAGAAAGCUGUUGACAUGCUUCUGGACAAUGAAGACAAGCUAUCAACAGACAGGGUGGUGGAAGAACUAGCAGACAGGCCCGAGCUUCUGCAUGUGUACCUCCAUAAACUGUUCAAGCGGGACCACCACAAAGGCCAAAAAUAUCACGAGAGACAGAUUGGUCUGUAUGCUGAGUAUGACCGGCCAAAUCUCUUACCUUUCCUGAGAGAUAGUACACACUGCCCACUUGAAAAGGCUCUCGAGGUUUGUCAGCAGAGGAACUUUGUAGAGGAGACUGUCUUCCUGCUCAGCAGGAUGGGGAACUGCAGACGAGCGCUGCAGAUGAUCAUGGAGGAGCUGGAGGACGUGGACAAGGCCAUAGAGUUUGCCAAAGAUCAGGACGAUGCAGAGCUCUGGGAGGAUCUCAUCUCUUACUCCAUUGACAAACCACCAUUCAUCACCGGCCUCCUGAAUAACAUUGGUACUCAUGUGGAUCCCAUUCUGCUCAUCCAUCGCAUUAAGGAGGGCAUGGAGAUCCCAAACCUCAGAGAUUCACUAGUGAAAAUCCUCCAGGACUACAAUCUGCAGAUUCUUCUGAGGGAAGGAUGUAAGAAGAUCCUGGUGGCCGACUCCCUCUCUCUGCUCCAGAAGAUGCACCGAACACAGAUGAGAGGAGUCCGGGUCGACGAGGAGAACAUUUGCGAAUCGUGUCAUGCUACAAUAUUACCAUCAGACAUGGCCAAACCCUUCAGUGUGGUGGUGUUUCACUGUAGACACAUGUUUCACAAGGAAUGUUUACCAUCUUCCGGAACAAUUCCUGGGGUGCAGUUUUGUAACAUCUGCAGUGCGAAGAAGCGCGGGCCAGGAAGUGGAAUCCUGGAGAUUAAGAAGUAAACGGGGAUCUACGCACUCACAAUUUUAUUAUUGAUGCUUUUACGCCCCCUCACCCCUCCAUGUUGCUUUCCAUUUACUGUCAUUUAUCAAUGAAUAUCACCUUCCCUCAGUCACUGAACUGUACACUUGCAGAAAUAAAAAUAAAAAAGCAUGUAUAUAUUGGAUUGUCUCUGUAUAUUUACAUCUAACAACUAUACUUGUUCUGCUUGCCACUACUGUAAUGUGAUUUGGCGAUGAAAGGUCUGUAACGUCUGAAAAAAUAAAAUCACACGUAAAAA